ACCAAAAAUAACAUGAGUUCAAAACGAAUUUUAACCAAAAUACAGCAAGUUAGCAAUCAAUCAUUUUCACAUUCCUUACUUCAGUUAAUAUCAUAGACUUAUAUAAACCCACUAUCACAUCACAAUCCUAGUAGAAUUCACAAAACAAAAAAGAGUGUUCAUUCUCAACAAAUUCUCAUCUCAUCAUUAUGACUAACAUGAGAGUAGUUCUCAUCACUCUCCCCAUGGUGUUUGUCACCAUCAUAAGCUUGGUUGUUACAAUGAGAGUUCAAGCUGCAUCUCGUGCUUUCUUUGUUUUUGGUGACUCACUUGUUGACAGUGGCAACAAUAAUUAUUUGCUAACCACGGCACGUGCCGACUCUCCUCCUUAUGGCAUCGAUUAUCCCGGUCAUCGUCCCACCGGUCGCUUCUCCAAUGGUGUCAACCUCCCUGACCUUAUCGGCCAGCAUAUUGGACUGUCUGAACCCACGUUACCAUAUUUGAGUCCUCAAUUGACCGGACAAAGACUAUUGGUUGGAGCCAAUUUUGCUUCAGCUGGGAUUGGAAUUCUUAAUGACACCGGCAUUCAAUUUGUAAAUUCGUUAAUUUACUACGUGGGAAUAUUAAGAAUGUUUCAACAAUUUUCGUUGUUUGAGCAAUACAAACAAAGAUUGAGUGGAGAAGUAGGGGCUGAGGAGGCAAAUAGAAUUGUUAAUGAAGCUUUGGUACUUAUAACACUUGGUGGUAAUGAUUUUGUCAACAACUAUUUUCUCACUCCAUUUUCAGCUAGGUCUCGUCAAUUCACCGUGCCACAACAAUACUGCACCUAUCUUGUCUCUCAGUAUCGAAAUAUUCUUAUGAGGUUGUUUGACUUGGGAGCUAGAAGGGUGCUUGUGACCGGAGUCGGUCCAUUGGGUUGUAUUCCUGCUCAACUUGCUACUAGGAGCAUAAAUGGAGAGUGUGUAAAUGAGAUACAACAAGCUGCUCAAUUUUUCAACCAACUUUUGCUUCAAAUGACUAAAGACCUCAACACUCAACUGGGAUGUGAUGUGUUUAUUGUUGCCAAUGCUUAUCAAAUGAACAUGAAUCUGAUCACCAAUCCUCAAAACUUUGGUUUUGUUACAUCAAAGGUAGCUUGCUGUGGUCAAGGACGUUUCAAUGGAGUAGGACUAUGCACUGCCUUGUCAAACAUAUGCCCAAAUCGUGAUCUCUAUGCCUUUUGGGACCCUUUUCAUCCAACUGAACGUGCUUUGAGAUUUAUCGUUCAAGACAUCUUUAAUGGAACCUCUGAUUUUAUGAGCCCUAUGAACCUCAGCACCAUCAUAGCUAUGGACUCCAACGUCUAAUAAAAGGCUUUCAAUUAUUUAUUCUGUGACUCUUGCAUACAAGAUGCGAAAAUCUCAUUGUAUUUUUAUUUUAUAUAUUGAAUGUAUGGAUCAUGUUUUCCAUCAUAUGUGUCUUGAAUCCAUUCGACUUUUCUGUCCGGUAA